CUUUCCAAACAGGUAAAGGAAGAUCUAGAAAAUACCCAUUUGUACAGAUUUUAGUGUUACGAGACCAAUAACAACGUCCUGGAAACAGAACACACUGAAAUCUUUAGAAUUAAAUCUAAGUAGAAAUAUUUACAUCUAAUUGAUUCCACCAUCGAAAUUCACAAACUAAGGUCCACUUCGUUGUUUAAUGCUAAAUUAUUGCUGCAUUGUGUUCAAGAUAAUCACUUUGCAUCUAUGCAAAAUUCUCAAAUCAUCAGAAACCAUGCAAUUCUAGCAAUCUAACAUGCUCAUGUUAGCAACAUCAAACAUUUUUCCUCCCUUUUUAUACAUUCAAUAGACUCUAAAAAAACUCUAAUAUGUAAUAUAUAUCUAAUACCUUGCAUAUCCAAAUUCUCUGCCAGGAGUUAAAAAAAUUAUCAAUUUCAGUAACCAACAUCAUUCAUUAAAACUGAAAAGAAUUUUCAGAUUUGCAUUAUUAUGCAGCCUACUUUGGGAUUCAAUGCUCCUAGCAGAGACACAAUCCAGAUACAGUUCUUAUAUACCUAAAAAACUAGACAUGAUCAUUGGAUGAAGGGGAUCCAGUAGCCCAAAAUCAACUAAGUGAAAUCCCAGAAUUAGCAGUAAUUAUUUAAAAAUCAUAAUUUACUCGGUUCUCAUCCAAAUCAUGCAAUUUCGAUUUCUUAAAAGAUUAUGAUAUAUAUUCUAUCUAUAUAAGUUUGCUCUUCAGAAAUUGGUGAAGAAAAUGACAGAAUUGCUGGAAUGGUACUGCAUGUUCAACUUCUCUAUUUGUCUUCUAGCCCCAAAGCACAGAUGCUAUUAAAUUGAGGCCUAGAUUAGGUUUGGAUAUUACUUCUUGAUUGCAGAUCAAUGCUCCUUCUUGCCUUUUCUUCUCAUCUGUUAGGAUUACCUAGAGUUUCCUAAAUUAGUCUCUAUAAAUAAACUAUAAAUAAAUUUUAUUUAUUUCGAAAUAAUUCUUUAUUUUAUGAAAUAGCAAUUUAAGCGCUUUUGGGUGAAUAAAAAUAAUAAAUUUUUCUUGGACCAAGCAUUACAUGGGAAGAGAAAAGAAAAACAUAAGAACGGUGGAAAGGAAGAGAAAGGAUACUAUUUUACUUUUCUUGUUUGGAUGCUAAAAACUGGGUGAAAAGUGAAUAGAGAGAAUAGUAUUUAAAGUUGUCUGCUUGUAAAGAAAGGAAAACAUCUAUUUUUAUAAUUGUACUAAUGUAGGAAGCAUAAUUCAAACUUUUCACCGUGGUAAUUUAAUUUUCUUUUCAUUGACUCCAAUUUGGAGAAUUACAAAAAUAAUAGAGCAGGAAGAAAUUGAAGACUAAAGUUUAUAUUUUUUACUUCUAUUCUAUCGAAAAUUAAACUCCCAAGCAAGAGAAAGUGAAACGAUUUUCUGUUCCAUCUCCUCUAUUCCCCUCAGUCUAUCUCUAUCCAUAUGUAUGUUUAAGAAAUGAAAGGAAAAUUUAUUGGGAUAGAGUUUUAGUGCCAAUUUUUUGUCCAUUAUUGGAACAUGAAGAGAGAGAAAAAUGAAACUUAUAGUACAUAAAAUAUUUUAUAGUUUUUCAUUUUUUUAAAUUUAGAUGUGUUUAUGCAUGUGUUUAUUUAUGAAAGUAUGUGAGAGUUGCAUAUUUAUGGAAUAAUAAAAGUACAAAACAAAAUAUUGUUUUAGAAGAUACUAAAAAACAACAAUCUUCUAAAACUUUCUAACUCUAUCAUCAUCUUUUAACUAUUAUUUACUUCAUUUAACUUACAUAAUUUUAUAAAUAAAAUACAUAAAAUUUAGAAGAUGGAAACUUAAAAUGUUUUCAUGUACCCAAAAAUAGUCUUGAUUUCUGUAUUAACAUUAUAUUCUUUGAAACUUGUUGUUGCUUUCGUUCCAAGCUACAUAUUGUAAUAGUUCUACUUGUAUGCUCAACUUCUAUUUAAUUCCCAGAUUGACAAGAAGGGAUUCACAAUGUUACAUGCAAUCGUUUUGAAGUUUGAUAAUAUCAUUUAACUACCAAUCCUAUCUUCUUAUCGAGUAUUUGUGUUGUCUUGAGGUGCUAUUUGUCAUCCAAGAAAACACCUUUGUAAUUGUACUAUUAAUUUCAUCUUGCAUUUAGUUGACAUAGGAAUCAUUGAACCAGGUAAACCUGAUGGAAGUAGUUCAAGAUUAAAGAUGGCAUCCAUAGGGAUGAGUUCUAUUGGGAUUUCGGUGGAGCAACUUUUUUCUCAUGAGGAUACAUCAGCUCAAGAAAUAAAAUAUUUUCAAAAGCUGGAGAAAAUUCGGCUUCUUAUAAUUGUCUCAGGGUAUUAUGAUACACAGAAAAACUUCAAGAGGGAAUUACUGAUCUCAACUGAAUAUAUGGAGCUUAUGAAGAACUUCCUUUUCUUCUUGGAUUCAAAUGCCUCCCAACUGCCACUGAAACUUCUCCACAAGCCAGGUCUAAAAGAUGACAUGAGGGCAUUUGAAGCUGAUAGGAUUACAUCCCGAAAAAUUAUUGAGCAACUCCUAGAAGAAUUUGCAGAAUCAUCAAAGGCUAGCAUGUAACUUUAAUAAAAUGAAUAUACACAAGUUCCUUGAACCAAUGCGUUCUGGUUCUGUAUGUUGUAUUUUAGUUUAGUUUCUUUUUACCUUGUGUUGAUAUGAUGAUUAAUUAAAACUAAAAAUAAAUAAAUUGUUUUGCAAUAUUUUUGUAUAAAUAAUUCUGGAAUAUUAUGAAUAAUCUUGAUAAAGGUCUUUCCA